AUGUCUGAGAAUCAUAAGGGGUGUACAUUCAACUUGUCCUUCCUCGAGUUAGCGUUGAUAAUCGAUCCGUCGCAGGUUACUCGCGGCCACAAGGCAGCGAUGAACAACGCUAGCGUCUCCGAGGAGGCGAAGGACAACUCCCGCCGCACCCUCGCUGGAUUUGAGGGCUCCGAGAACCCGGAGGACUUCAACGCUUCCGUGGCUAGCGAAGAGACGCACAACUAUGACCCGCACAAUGCAUCUGAGCUCGGCGAUCGCUUAAUGCUGCUCUGCGCUUCAGUAAGUGUGGCCCUGAGGCCAGCGGACACCGCAUUCUGGGAUGCGAUAAAGACAUUGUAA